AUGUCUAUUGAAGUACCACCUCCUGAUGAGGAGGAACGGUAUUUGGAAAAGCUGGUUUUCGGCGACGCCGAAGGUUUCGACACGAACUUGAAACAGGUGGACAAUUUGUUUGAUUUCCAGGACGAAGAAACCGGUCUUUUUGAGUACGAUACGAGUGAGGACGAGGAUCUGGGCUUUGAGCUGGACCACGAGUCGAGCCAGGACUCGGGCGACGACGAAGAGCAGUCAGACGACAACAAUAUGGACGCCGUGGCAGACGCAGACCUGUAUUUUGUGGACGAGUCCGACGAGGACAAGAUGGACACUGGCUCCGACAGCCAGGAGUCGGACUCUGCCAGCGAGUACAGCGACGAGGAAGCCGUUUGGCAGGACAGCGACGACGAGAAAGUGACAGUCUCGCUGUUGGACAGAGACAAUCUCAGAAAACUUCGCCACACGCCGCAGGAUUCCAAGAUCAGAGGAAAACAGUACUUGCAACGGCUACGGGAGCAGUUUGAGCGGAUCCAUCCAAGACCCGCGUGGGCAGACUCUGUGGAGAGCGGGUCGGAGCACGAGUCGGACGCGGAGGAUGACGCCAGAGGCACGACCGACGUUCUGGGCUCGUCGAACCCGCUGUUGGAGUUCCUAAAGUCCAACCAGUCGUACAACCUCAAAGCAGAGGAUGUCCGUUUGUUGCCUGCGGGAAAAAUCGAUAUUUCCCGGCUGACGGAUGCCAACAUCAAGAAGAUCUCCAAGAGUGCUGUACAGACGCUGAGUUUCCACCAGACACAGCCGCUGCUGAUGACUGGAGGCUACGACCGCACGCUGAGAAUAUUUCACAUUGACGGCAAGACCAACAACCUGGUGACGUCGCUGCACCUGCGGAACUCGCCGAUCCAGACCGCCGUGUUCGACCAGGACACCAUUUUCGCCGGAGGAAGACGACGGUUCAUGCACAAAUGGGACGUGGCCAGCGGGGCUGUGGAGAAGAUCAGCAGAAUGUACGGCCAUGAGGCCACCCAGCGCUCGUUCGAGCACUUCAAGCUCAGCAGAAACGGCAAAUACAUCGGGCUGGCUGGUAACUCCGGCUGGAUCAACGUUAUCUCGCCGAAAACAGGUAUCUGGCUCAAAGGCUUCAAGAUCGAAGGAACUUUGGUGGACUUUGACUUUUCACAGUCUGCAGACCCAACAACGCCGACGGUGUUGGUUGCUGUCAACAAGGCGGGCGACGUCUGGGAGUUCGACGUGGAAUCAGGCGCGUCGCUCGAUAGAUGGACCGACGAAUCCGGCUUGGGAAUCACCAGGGUCCGGUUUGGCGGCCAUAAUACGAGAUGGCUAGCCAUCGGAAACAACGUCGGUAUCGUCAACGUGUACGACCGGCUCAAACAGUCCCACAAACCGGCAGUCACCAUAGAAAACCUCGUCACCACAGUGUCCAGCAUCGAGUUCACCUCGGACGCACAGCUGCUCUGUGUGGCGUCACGUGACAAAAAGGACGCACUUAGACUGGUGCAUCUGCCCAGCGGGAGGGUGUUUUCGAACUGGCCUACAAGCGGGACUCCGCUGGGCCGCGUGACCAGCGUCGCAUUCAGCCCAAAUAACGAGCUGCUCGCCACAGGUAACGAGUCGGGCAAAGUCAGACUCUGGAGACUCAACCACUACUAG